AUGUUUUCCACUAAAAAAGAUUUCGCUCUCAUAGCUCGAAACAUAUCUUUGACUCCUCGAGAGACGACCAGCGAAAAUACUGAACCAUUCAUUGUCAGUGUUUAUCAGGCACGGUUAUGGAAACUAAUACACACCCCAGAAAAAGCUGAUCUUGACGAUCUUGCACAAGAAUUUCAAUGUAACACACAAGAAUUGUUACAUACAGUUGUUGCGUUAUACGACAAAUGUUUACCGGAAAUCGGUGGUGAAACAAUUUAUAACACUGUGUGCGCGAAGAAAGUUGUUACCAUUCUGAUUGUACAUGAUGAUCCGAAUGUAGUAUUAAAACCAGCAACAGCUGGUGCUCUUGUUACUGAUGAAGAAGAUUGUUUGGACACUUUAUUGGAAAACAUCGAAGAACCCGAUAGCGUUUUUCAUGAUGUUUUCUCCGAUCGAUCAUCGAGUGAAAGUUCUGACGAUGAUGAAGACGAAUCGGAUGAUGAUGAUAAUAACGAUGGGGAUGAGCGUGAUUAUUCCAUUGGCGUUGGUGCAUACUUAAAAAAAGUCAAAGCAGGAAAAAUCAAUCUUCAUAAACGUCUGAUCAGUUGUCUUAGUUUCGAAAAGAUCACAAUGUUUGCAUCUCAAUUUCAAGAGGAGCAUGUCUUAGAUCUUUUACUAUUAGCAUGUCGAAAGAAAUGUCGUGGCAAAGGAAUCGGUCGACAUUUGAUGAAACUAUUGAUGAACCGGGAUUAUAUCGGUGAUUUUGACGCGAUUAUAACAGCAUCAGAUCAAAGUGCAAUUGACUUCUAUCGGAAGUUCGGUUUCACGGAAGAUGCGAUUCUUUUAAGCAAAUACAAAACGAUUGGCGAUUGCUGGACAAAUACAACGAAAAUGUGUUAUUUGCCACCAUAUAAUGUGAUUAAUGAAGAUCCCGUUCGAUGUUUGACUAUGAUGGAUGAUCAAUUCCAGAAAUGGCAACGAGCUAUGUUCAAUGGCUAUCAAAGCCAAGCCGCUUUAUUCAAUCGAUUGAAGACCGAAAUGAUCGGUUUGUAUGCCAAAAUCAAUGCUCAAGAACAAACAAUCGUUUCCUUGAAUCGAGAACGAUUUCUUCUAGCGAAAGAAAAUGCUACAUUGAAAAAACAGAUAUCUCAGUCGGCCUCAUCUGCAGAUGAGAAUUACGAAGAAUUCGAUCAACUCGAUACAUUACAAAUGAUUCAAGAAAUGAAACGAAUGUCAAUCAUCAACGAAAAACUACUAGUUGCACAAAUGUCUUUGCUUAUGGAUGAUACAUGUGAUACGAAAACAGCUGUUGAAUAUUGUCGAAACAAACUGAAAAAUGGUAAAACUUAUCGAAUCAAUGCAGAAAAGGUUACCCUUGAACCAGCAACUAUUGCCUUGUAUCAGAGUUCGCUUCCUCUACUACACAAUGGAAAUCAGAAAAACGAAACCUUACUUUUUUAUGCUGGUCAUCAUGAGCAUUUAGAUAUCAUUGCUAAUGCUGGUUUUACUAAUGAAGAUUUUCUCUAUGGAUCAGUUGGAAAGGGUCUUUAUUUUCAUACAAAUAUUAGUAAUCUCCCAAAAGAAAAAUAUCUUCUGUGUAAAGUCGCAUUAGGUCGUAUUGAAUUGAUAUCUAAACCUAAAACGAAAUCUACAAUCACAUUGAAGCGAAAUACUGACUAUGAUUGUGUUAAAAUUCUUAGUAUGGAUGUGAAUGAAGAUGAUGAUGAAAUUGUUCUCUUUGAUUCUCAUCUAGCUUUGCCGUUAUUUAUUAUAAAAUUUGAAUGA